AUGUCUGAAUUAGAUAGGGUUCUGAGAGGUCUGUUGUCGUCACUAAUCAACAUUGCAACUUCUAUUGGCUCUGCCACUAAGGGAAAACCCCAAAAGAAGAUAUCUAACAGCUUGGCCUACUGUGAAACCGAAGAUUUGAAAGGUAACGAAAAUAGGACAUAUUUAUUUGGAGUGACAACCUGGAGUAAAGAAAAGAAUUAUGAGAGUGCUAUCUCAGCAAAUACUAUAAAAGAAGCAGUAACUCAUGUAAUUGAAAACUCCACCGAUUUUGGCAUUAUCCUGUUUUGUACAAAUGUGAACAAUGGCGAUACAUGGUCUGCGAAUGUGAGAGUAUGCUUAUGUGAAUAUGCAAAUUUUUGUAGGACUAGCAUCUGGCAUAUAUACUAUGUAGAUUUUUAG